AUGAGGGCAGACAAGAAGAUUAAGGUCGCCAUCUGUGGCGGUGGUAUCGCUGGCUUGUGUCUUCUCUACGGCUUACUCAAACACGACCAUCUCGACGUCACACUCUACGAAGCGUCUCCCGAAGUCGCUGGAGACGAAGGUGCAGGCGUUGUACUUUCCCCAAAUGCGAUUCGAGCUCUCAGAUCGAUCGCCCAAGAGUUGGUCACGGCCGCGGAGAAUGCAGACAGUGUUUUCGUGUCGGAUCCGAUGGCUACGGCCGUCAUGGGGCGAGAACCAGGCUUUGGCAAUAAAAUCCUAGAUCUGCGGUCUAAGACCGGUGAGCGAGGGUUUCUUUUCCAGCGAUCGAAGUUCAUCCAACAGUUAUUCAAGCUGGUACCACCUAGUGCGUGCAAAACCUCGCACAAGCUCGCUUCGAUAGCGCGUCAAGACGAUGGAACUCUGGACCUGUCUUUCACCGACGGCACGACCACCUCAGUAGAUGUUGUCAUCGGUGGUGAUGGUGUACAUUCUACCGUUCGCAAACAUGUCCUCGAAGAUUUCCCAGACCAGAUUGAACCCUUCUUCAGCAAACAGUACUUCUACGUCACUAUGGCACCAAUGGAGAAGGCUAAGGAGAAGAUGCGAGAUUGGUUCCCCAAGCUGCCCAUUCAGUACGCCUGGUGUGGAGAUCAAGGAUUCCUCAUGCACGAUCCGGCCAAUAGUGGUGAGACGUUACAGGUUCUUGCUGCCGUCCGGACGGAUGAGACAUGGGGAAGUGACCAGUGGACAAAGGAGAAGUCUUUGGAACAGAUGAGAAAGGACCUAGAACCAUUUCGUGAGCUGGGCAAAGCCUGUGGAGAUUUGGUUGCCGAACAAGGUGGCCCUCUACAAGCGCGCUCAGUAUGGGAACACCCUCGUGCAUCAACAUACAAUCGUGGUCAUGCAGCAAUCCUGGGAGAUGCAGCUCAUGCGAUGCAGCCUUGGCAAGCAGCUGGCGCCGGUCAAGCCAUCGAAGACGCCAUGGUCCUCACCACGCUCUUCAGCCAAAUCUCACAGCCCCAAGAUAUCUCUGCCGCCCUCGAAACAUAUUCCUCCGUCCGCGUUGCCCGAACGCAUUAUGCUCAGGACAUGAGUGCAGAGAAUGGCGAUAUCACCAUGAACGUGGGAAAGUUCAAAGGGCUCGAUGCUGCGCAGCUGAAGGAGGCUUUCGAGCUCAGGUGGGAGGAGCUGUGGUAUUUUGAUCUGGAGAAACAUCGCCAGGAUGCGUUAGGAGAGUUUGAGAGGUUGAAAGGCGGGCGGUAG